GGGCGAUGCUUUCGAACGACGUUCAUAGGUGUUUUGUUGACUCAUGGUUCACAUUUAACAUCACCAUGGCCACCCGCGAGUCCACCAGGGGCCAAUUGUCAAGAUGCGUCUUCCAUCCAACCCACCGCCCAUAAUCCGCAUCGCCAAUGGCACUUUCUACCGGCACCAGCCGAGCACGGCCUCUGCGUUGCACGCCCACUCGCAUCCGGACCCGGCGCUGUUCAAGGAACUGAGCUUCGAGCUGCCGGCGCGAAGCAGAUCCCCACACAACUGGUGCAUCGUCGGCCCGUCCCUCUCCGGGAAGACGACCUUCCUGCAGCUUCUCCGCGGCCAGCACCUGUGCUUCCCUCCCACAGCGCGGUCCUUCCCCUACCUCAGCACCGAUGAGGUCCCCUACCGGCUGCGGACGCCGGCCCGGGCAAUCCAGUAUGUCGGCUUCGACUCCCAGGGCGGCGGCGGUCUUGGUCCUGCCACGUCGACCUACCUGUCGGCGCGGUACGAGUCAAGGAGGGAGAUCACCGACUUCUCCCUCCGGGACUUCCUCCUAGGCAACAUGCAGCUGAACCCCUCCAAGCUCCCCGACGACCAAGGUGUGGAUGAGGCGCUGUUCAAGCGCGUGGUGGUCAACCUGCGGCUUGAGAGCCUGCUGGACCUGCCCGUGGCCUUCCUGUCCAACGGCCAGGGACGGAGGGCGCGCAUUGCCCGCGCGCUGCUCACCAGCCCGGAGGUGCUGCUGCUCGACGAGCCGUUCAUGGGCCUGGAUCCGCCCACCGUGGCCGGGCUGAGUCCGCUGUUGCAUUCGCUCGCUGAGAAGGCGAGCCCGCGGCUGGUGCUAAGCGCCCGGCCGCAGGACCCGUUGCCCGAUUGGAUCACGCAUCUGGUGUACCUCAGGACGGAUGCCCAGGUCGGAGCCAUGGGAGCCAAGGAGACCGUGUUAGAUGGUUUGAGGAAUUACGUGCGGCGGGUCCGGAGCGGCAACCUCGCCGAGGACGAGACGAUGCCGGUGCAUGCGUUGAGCGAGAUGGGCAGGACGCUCACCAAGGACGGUAUUGCGGGCGAAGGCAUGGCCGAGGACUUUUCUAUUAGCAUUACCAACGGGAGUGCCGAGGAAGGAACGCUGCAGAACACGAGUGUGGGAGAGCCGCUCGUGGAAAUGGAUGGCUGCAGGGUCCAGUACGGUGACAAGGUGGUAUUAGGGAACUGGACGGAGGAGCUGGGCGAUGGCCAAACCACGACCGGGUUACACUGGACCGUCCGGAGGGGCGAGCGCUGGGGAGUCUUUGGGCCGAACGGUUCCGGCAAGACAACGAUCGUCUCCCUUCUCUGCUCUGAUCACCCCCAAACCUACUCGCUACCAAUUAAGCUGUUUGGCCGUAGCCGGCUGCCCGAGCCUGGGUCCGGACAGCGGCCCCUCACGUUCUGGGACAUACAGUCGCGAGUCGGGCACUCGAGCCCGGAGAUACACCAGCACAUGCCGCGCAACCUGACGAUCCGACAAGUGCUGGAGAGCGCUUGGGCCGACACCUUUCGAUCCAACCCGAAGCUAAAUGACGCCGCUAAAGAACAGGUCGAUGCCGUGCUGAAGUGGUUCGAGCAUGAGCUCAACCCGUCCUUGCACAAGGCCAGGCAGCAGUCGCCCCCUUCUGAAGGAUGUGGCGAUGCCUCGGUGGCCUGGGCGAGCGAUUACAUGUUCGGCGAGCUGUCAUUCAGCGCCCAGCGCAUCCUGCUCUUCCUGCGGGCGAUCAUCAAGCACCCGGAUAUCGUUGUGCUGGACGAGGCAUUCGGUGGCAUGGACGACGCCGUGCGGGACAAAUGCAUGCUCUUCCUCGCGCAUGGAGAGGAGAAGAUGUACGCAUUGGGUUCAAAGCAGGGAGGCGGUGCUCUGGCGGGGGCGACGGUGGUGGACAGCCCUGCCGCGAAGGCUGGGCGCGUGAAGGUCAAGGGUCUCUCGGACCAGCAGGCACUUAUCUGUAUCAGCCACAUCAAGGAGGAGGUGCCCGACUGUGUGGGAGAGUGGCUCUGCCUCCCGGAGCCCAACACGGGGCUGCCUGCGAGGUUUGGACGGCUGGACGGCCCGCUGAGGACGAGCUCGAAGCGCUGGGCUGACAUUUGGGGCGUGAGAAGUGGGGCUUAGCUAGUCGGACCUCUCGAAAGGAAAACUUAUCAUACAUUCCAAGAGACCAUGUUACAAUACCGUAACAGCGACUACGUACUGUUAUAAGGUACCGUACCUGAUGGUUGAGUGCGAGGCACGGGCAGGUCACAUGUCCAGUGACUACGUAAUAAGUGAGCUAGAGACACCUUACCCAACCCCAUUUCUUGGUGCAGAUUUCUC